GAGAGGGGGGUGAACCAUGAACCCGCGGAGUAACGCGUGUUGGCGAAAUCAACGCAGUUUUCAAUCAGGAUGUGGUGAGAGGGAGGAGGAGACGUCAGCAGCGGUAUCUUUUCUGCAAAGCUAAAGCCCAGUCUGCGAGACGCCAUGCAGUGAACGGUCCGGGCAGCGCACUGAAUUUCAGGGAUUACUGAUGUCGCAGACGGAAACGAGUAAGACCAAUAUCAGCUGACAUUCAAAAUAAAUAAUGCUCACAAAAAACCGUACAGCUAGGUCACCAGCUAGCAACGUGGAUUAUUAGCUAUCUUGUAAAGUAAUUCCUGCCCCCAACUUGCGGGGGCUGGCGAAGGUGUCUGAUGGUAACCACGUCUAUUGGAGAAAAGUAUGUGAUUGAAUUAGCCUGAGAUAGCAAAAAGAUAGCUUUCAGCUCGAUAGCUAGCUAGCUAUAAGCAAGUAUAGAAACGUGUUAGCUUGGUAGCUAUAAAGGAUUGCUAGCAACUGGGUCUGGGAAGCGACCACUCACCAUCGCCAGCGAACUUUUAGCUGGUUUUGACAUUUGUUUGGAAACUUUCGGGCAAGGUUGAAAUGAGUGGCGAGGCAAAGAGUGCAGUGCAAGGAGGCGAAUCGCUAAAGGCGAACUCCCCGGGACACGCACGGGAAAACGGACAAGCCGCUGCGAGCGGCACCGCCAGCGCCAAGACGGACUUGCCGAGCCCCGUGGAUCCCGGCGAGGAGCCGCAGUCCGCCAUCGCCGAUGUCACCCAGAUGUGGAUGCAGUUCGCCAAGACGUUCGCCAUCAUUUUCCCCAUUUACGUGCUGGGAUAUUUCGAGUUCAGCUUCAGCUGGGUUUUAAUUGGACUUGCGGCGUUUUUCUGGUGGAGGAAAAACAAAGGAAACAAGGACACCCGGAUAAAUAGAGCUUUGGCGUUUUUGGAGCACGAAGAGAGGACCGUGCGCCAAAGUGUGCCAACUUCGGAACUGCCACCAUGGGUUCACUUUCCAGAUGUGGAGCGGGUGGAGUGGUUAAACAAGACAGUCAAGCAGAUGUGGCCAUAUAUCUGUCAGUUUGUGGACAAGCUGUUCCGGGAGACCAUCGAGCCGGCGGUGAAGGGGGCCAACGCCCAUCUCAGCACCUUCUGUUUCACCAAGAUCGACAUGGGCGACAAGCCCCUGAGAGUGAACGGUGUCAAGGUGUACUCUGAAAAUGUGGACAAGCGGCAGAUAAUCAUGGACCUGCAGAUCAGCUUUGUCGGGAAUACGGAAAUUGAUGUUGACAUCAAGAGAUACUACUGCAGAGCAGGGAUAAAGAGCAUACAGCUUCAUGGUGUGUUGAGAGUGAUCAUGGAGCCCCUGCUUGGAGACAUGCCUUUGGUGGGAGCCCUGUCUGUGUUCUUCCUGAAGAAACCUUUGCUGGACAUUAACUGGACCGGCCUCACGAACAUGCUGGACAUCCCGGGGCUGAACGGCCUGUGUGACAACCUGAUCCAGGACAUCAUCUACAGCUACCUGGUCCUGCCCAACCGCAUCACCAUUCCCCUGGUGGGCGAGGUGCAGCUGGCCCAGCUGCGGUUCCCCAUGCCGAAGGGGGUUCUGAGGAUCCACUUCCUGGAGGCACAGGACCUGCAGGGGAAGGACAAAUUCCUCGGGGGGCUGAUCAAAGGGAAGUCGGACCCCUACGGCAUCAUCCAGAUAGGCAACCAGCUCUUCCAGAGCAAGACCAUCAAAGAGAACGUCAACCCCAAAUGGAACGAGGUCUACGAGGCCAUGGUCCAUGAGCACUCAGGCCAGCACCUGGAGAUCGAGCUGUUUGAUGAAGACCCUGACAAAGAUGAUUUCCUGGGCAGCCUAAUGAUUGACAUGGCGGAGCUUCACAAGGAGCAGAGAGUAGAUGAGUGGUUCGUCCUGGAGGAGGUCUCUACUGGGAAGCUCCACUUAAAACUGGAGUGGCUGUCUCUUCUCCCCACCCCUGAAAAGCUAGAUCAGGUGCUGACGAGUAUUAAAGCUGACAAAGGCCAGGCCAACGACGGCCUCUCGUCAGCACUGCUGGUGGUAUACCUGGACUCGGCCCGAAACCUGCCGAGUGUCUUCGAAGGGAACUUUGGGUGUGGAUACUUAAAAGAGAGGAGAGCUUCGGGCCUAGUCUUUUGUGAGAAUACUACCUCACUCUAUAGAACACUAUUUCGAAAUCCAUUAGAAUUUAACCAUGACGGGUUGAAGAGAGCGUCAGUCAAUAAGGCCCUGAAGUCGGGGAAGAAGGUGAGCAGCGACCCGAGUCCCUUUGUUCAGUUCACUGUCGGGCACAAGACCUUCGAGAGCAAGACCCGAUAUAAGACCAACGAGCCGGUCUGGGAGGAAGCAUUCUCCUUCCUCAUUCAUAACCCAAAAAGCCAAGAGCUGGAAGUUGAGGUGAAGGACGAGAAGCACGACUGUUCGCUGGGCACCGUGGUGGUCCCGUUGAGCCAGCUCCUGGACGCGGAGGACAUGACCCUAACCCAGCGCUUCCCUCUCAAGAACUCCGCACCCAGCUGCACCCUCAAGAUGAAGAUGGCCCUGCGGGUGCUGUCCCUGGAGAAGGCCGGCCAGACAGACCAGCCGUCCUCGGUGCAGGUGCGGAAAGCCAGCGUCAGCAAGGGCAACCCCUCCACCCCGUCGCCCAGGCCCUCCGUCUCCGCCACGCCCGAGCCGGUCUCCGAGCCACCCUCCUCCGUGGCGGGGUCCACCUAUGAGCUCCACCAGAGGUCGGAGGGCGCCGAUCAGGCCUACCCCACGAGUCCCGCCAGGCUGGCUGACGCCGGCCGCAGCUCCUCCAGCCUGGCCGUCUCCGGCUCCCAGCAGCACCUGGGCCAGAAGGAGCCCACGCCCAGCAUCGCCUCUGACAUCUCCAACCCCUUCGCCACCCAGGAGCUGCAACAGAGGCUGCACCAGCUGCAGAAUGGGGCUGCUCCCAGCCACUUUCCCCUGGGUGAGAUCCAACUCACAGUUCGGCACAGCUCUCAGAGGAACAAGCUGAUCGUGGUGGUGCACGGCUGCCGGAACCUGAUCGCGUUCACGGACUCCGGCUCCGACCCCUACGUGCGCCUCUAUCUCCUGCCAGACAAGCGCAGGUCGGGCAGGAGGAAAACGAGCACGAUGAAGAAGACUCUCAACCCUGUCUACGAUCAAACCUUCGAGUUCAGCGUGUCCAUCGUGGAGCUGCACAGAAGGACGCUGGACGUUGCCGUGAAGAAUGGAGGGGGUCUGCUGUCCAAACACAAAGGACUUCUGGGAAAGGUGCUUGUGGAUUUGUUGUGCGAAGAUAUCUCCAAGGGAUGGACACAGUGGUAUGACCUAACGGAGGACGGGCUGAGAAAACCAGUUCAGGCCUAAAGGACACGCAGGAGGGCAGGACGGCCCCACCCACCCCACAUUACCACCAUCACUGCAGAUGUAACCAGCUUCCUUUUAGAGAGUUACGUUUUAGCCAGCGGCCAUGGCAUUUCUGCAAUGUUUCUACACACAUAUAUAUAUAUAUAUAUAAUUUUAAUGAUGCAUACGACCUGCAGUUGUAAAUUGCUUUUCAUAUCAUUUGAUUAUGAGCAACAGUUUCAAAGCAUAUCCCCCCCCAACACACACACACACACACACGCACGCACGCGCACACACACACAUGCACGCACGCACGCGCACACACACACACACACAGACGCAUAAACACACACUGAUCAGUUGCACUUUAAUUGACAGCUCUAAGCAAUUGGGGGUUUGUAAUAUGGUAAAAACGUGGUAACGUUGGAACGUCAGGCCUCAGCCAGCCGAACCUCCGGCGCGCUCGUGAGCGCCGUCACGCGAGAACGCAGAAACGGAGGCACCCACACCGCAGACCGCUCUCAGCGGUCGACCUUAAGGAGCAUGUGGUGUUUCACAAGCAAAGAAAAAUCUGCGUUUUGCGGAGAAAAACCUGUGGAGGACAGGUGUAAAAACAGCUGUGCUGUGUGUUCUGGGGCUGGCUGCCCUGUCUGCCUGUGGAGGCCGUGUACAGCGUGUAAAUAUGUCCUGUACAAUGAAGGUGAUGCAUCACGGAACGGUCAUGGUGCCGAGAGAGAACGCUAUAUCACUAGGUCAAAAGGACCAUUUCAUUCGAACUAAAAAGAGAGAAAGAGAGAGAGAGAUUUAUAAUCUUUUAUUUUUUUUGAGCUGGAGCAGCUUCUCUUCUCCUUUAGUGAAAGAACACUAGCCACCAAAGAGACAAGUAUUUCAUUUUAUUGCCUAUGUGGGUUUUAAGCCAAA